AUCUAUUUGUGUUAAUAAGCUUAUAAAAUAAUGGCAUCCUGGGAAGAAAUUGAAACUGCUAUUGCUGAAAAUAAACAUGAGCUGCAUUUAAAUGGUGAUUCAGUUUCACAAAGAUUAAAAACUGCGCCACUUCCUGAAAGUUUAUUUAGAAUACACACUUUGAACUAUUUAGAAAUAUCAAACACAUGCCUUGCAAUUCUUCCAGAUAAAAUUUCACUUCUAGAUAAUUUAUUAAAUUUAGCUCUUCAUAGAAAUGAAAUUGUUGAAAUUCCAGAAAAUUUAAAUCAGUUAAAGAAAAUAAAGUUUCUUGAUUUAUCAUUUAACAAAAUAACAACGCUUCCCAUGUCAUUAGAGUUACCCCAUCUUCACACAUUUAAUUUAGGUAAUAAUCAUUUACAAAGCUUACCAAAUUUUGGUUUCCUUCCAGCGUUGGGUAUACUCUUUAUUGAUCAUAAUAAUUUGAGUGAGUUGCCUUCAGGACUCGAAAAGCUUUCUAAUCUUUCAGAGUUGUAUGCUGCAAAAAAUGAAAUCUCUGUUGUUCCUCAGUCGUUAACAUCAAUGACUGCUUUAAAAGUUUUAGAUCUUUCAGAAAAUCUUCUAAAAGAGAUAGCUGUUGAUUUGUCUCUGUGUCGUAAAAUGAAAGAUCUAAAUAUAAAAGAUAAUCCAUUAAAGGAUAAUCGUCUUCGCAAGAUGACUACCCAGUGCAAUACUAAGUCAAUUUUGGAGUACAUUGCACAACAUACAAAUACAAAUGGCCAAAAGGGGAAAAAAGGAAAAUUAAAAAAGAAAGCUGAUGACAGUAUUCAAGAUGAUGAUAAUGAAAAGAAAAUUUAUAUAAUGCAAUCAAAAGAUUCAAAACAAAUUAUUUCAAAAGCAAAUGUCAAAGAUGUCAGAUCAUAUAUUUGUUGUGUUGUUGUAAAAAACUUAGAUCUAAGGGAUUUAAGUGUGUUUAAAAAAUUUAUAACGCUUCAGACAAAACUUCAUGAGAAUGAAUGCGAUAUGCGAACAAAAGCUACCAUAGCUACACAUAAUGCAAUUUCGCUGAAAUUUCCUUUGACUUAUGAAGGUGUUUCUCCUAAUAGUUUGGAAAUUAUACCAUUGGGUCAAACUAAAAAGGUCUCAUCAACUGCACUUAUUGAUCGUCUAAAGACAGAACGAGAUGACCUUAGGCUUAAAAAAAAACGACAGCCUAAAACUGGUUUAUACAGAUAUAUUGACUUGGUUGAUGGUAAAAAUCAAUUUGCUUGCUUAAAAAAUGCUGAUGGUGAAGUCAUAUCGUUUCCGCCGGUUACCAACAGUGAACAAACUAAAACGGAAGCAAUAAUAAGUGACGUUUUUAUUGAAGUAACUUCACCAUUAAGUUUGCCUCAAUGUAAAUAUGUUCUAGAAGAACUAAUCAAGAACUUAUUCUUGAUGGAUUUUGAAUCAAAACAAGACGAUCAAAAGAGAGGAUUGGUUCUUGAAAGAGUAUCAGUGGUUGACGAACAAGGUGAUCUUAAAGUUGUAUUUCCGUCAAAAAUUGAUUUAGAUUUUUCAUCGAUACCAGUUGUAAGAAUAGAUGAAUAAAAUGAAUAAAUUAUA